AAGUAAUUAAGUUAUUCCACUUCAUCAUAAGGAGAGGAAUUAUGUUAGAAAUUUUUUCACUCUAUAAGGAAACUUAACUAGUGGUGGGGAAAAUGUUGUGCCAGAGGCUGCCAAGGAAGUUUUCUUCCUUAUGGUCUGCAGUUGCUCAUGUCAUGACUUCAUGCCUUCUUGCACAGAAAACCAUAUUCAAAAUGUGAAAGUUGCCUUUAAUAUGUGGUCUCAUAUGCGCUGGGUUAACCUUUCAGCUCUUAUAUCAGUAAGUUUUCUCAAUGCAUUACUAACUUACUUCCAUGACAUGUGUUCUUCCUUUUCGUUUUAAGUGUUACACAGUUUUCAUUUUAGAAUCGUAGCAUUGGGAUUGAAGAAGAUAAUUCAACCAGUAUCAACAAUGAAAUACAUGCAUGCCAAGAUUGCUGGGUUUUGUCAUGAUGAAAUUAGUAAUUGCCAGUUAAAUAUUAUGAAGAGUUUGCUGUUGUAGGCUUGCAUUGAUUAGCCAAGUAGCGCUGUUGUAGGUCUUUAGUCUUGAUUUCAGCAUUCUCAUGCUUCAAGUAGUGCUGAAUGGUGAUUCAGGUAACAAUUGAGUUGUAUUUGAGUGACUGUUUUAAUUAUCAACACCUUGUUUCUUGAUUAUUCUUUUGAUUCUUCACUUAAAAGGAGUGUAACUACUAGCGUCAGUGCUAUGUGAUGUUCAUUCUUGUUGUUUAUGAGCAUAGCAUGUGUGAGAAAGAAGAGAUAAUCAUUGCUGAGAGACCCUUUUCCUUUCUGUUCUCUGUCUGAGUGGGGAUUGUUCAAAUGCACAGGCUCAGGCUUGUAGACAAAGCUACUCUAUCUGUAUCGCUUCAACGUAGAGGUAAUAUUCAUCAUUCCAUUAGCGUCAAAUUGGCAGAAUAAAGGUUUUGUUAUACUUUCACUUUACUGGGCCAAGCUGUGGUGUAGCUAGAGUCCCUAAAAUUUUAUUAUGUUUCUGAUGCCCUUUGACACCUGAUUGGCAUUUUCUCAGGAAAUAUUGCGUUGUUUCCUUCAGCUUUUCAUGACAAUGUAUGGUAUUGAAUGUGAUUUACGCUUUCUACCUUCAAGAGGUACUUUGUAAUUUUGCCUGUUUUGAUUGGCAAAUGAUUCUAACUUUCUCAUCAACAGCGAAAGAAAUUAGCUCUUAAUCCAACUCUUUGUAUGCCAUGGGAUCAUUCUGCCCUAUGAUUUAUGUUU